ACUGUUUCCUGGAGUCUUCAGAUGAAGUGUCAGCGACCCUGACAGUAUACAGCCUCACUGUCAGACACAAACCUCUGCUCGCUCGUCCAACAUGCUUUUCAGAGUCCCUGAAAAAUCCUUUACACAACCACACAAUGAGUCUCCAAACACACAGACGUUUGUCUGCAGGACGCUCUUUUGGGGGCUCGUGUUUGUGACGCUGAUGUUUGACGCUCACAGAGCUCAGGAGUGUGAGGAGAUGACGGACCUGGACCUGAAGCACUCUCUGACCGGGACGUCUCUGAGCGUGAGGUUACUGCUCUACACUCGGGUCAAUGCGUCCUGCGGUCAGCUGCUGUCCCACCGAGAGCCCUUCAGCAACCCUCGCUUCAACCUCAGCCUCCCGAGCACCUUCCUCAUCCACGGCUACCGGCCCACCGGCUCGCCCCCCGUCUGGCUCACAGAGUUCGUGAAGCUCCUCCUGCAGAGCCGCGGCAUGAACGUCAUCGUGGUGGACUGGAACCGCGGAGCCACCAACAUUAACUACUGGAAAGUGGUGGAUAACACGCGCAAGGUGGCCGCAAACCUCACCGACCUCAUCCAGAAGAUGGAGGAGAAAGGGGCAGAUCUCGGCUCCAUACACAUGAUCGGUGUCAGUUUAGGGGCCCACAUCUCAGGUUUCACUGGGGCCAGUUUUGAAGGAAGAAUUGGCAGAAUAACAGCGCUGGAUCCGGCGGGGCCCGUGUUUAACGGUCGGUCCGCCGUCGAUCGUCUCGACCCGACUGAUGCCCAGUUCGUGGAGGCGCUGCACACAGACAUGGACGCGCUGGGCUAUCGUGACGUCCUGGGUCACAUCGACUAUUACGCAAACGGAGGAGCGGAUCAGCCUGGGUGCCCCAGAACCAUCUUUUCAGGCUCGCAGUAUUUCAAGUGUGACCAUCAGAGGUCAGUGUUCCUCUACAUGAGCUCACUGACCGACUCGUGUCCCAUCACCGCGUACCCCUGUGACUCCUACACACUCUUCCAGGACGGGGAGUGCAUGGACUGUGGGAGGUUCGCGCCGGACGGAUGCCCUGUUUUCGGUUAUGAGGCUGUGCGCUGGAAGGACAGGCUGCUGCAGCUGGGACAAACCAGGACAUAUUUCCAAACUAAUAAAGAGUCUCCGUUCUGCAAGUUCGGUUACAAGGUUGAUAUUGUCACAUGGAACCAGAAAACACACUGGGGAUAUUUAACCAUUAAAUUAAGCAACGGACAGAAAGAGGCACAAGUUGAACUCAAUCAUAAAUCCCUGAUGUUUGAGAGGUUUGUGGAGAGCAGUGUUCUGGCUCAGUUUGACCGAGACGUCCAGCCUGUGAAAGAGGUCACGCUCCGGUUCUGUACGGGGAAAGGACUCCGGCCGCGGAAGAAACUGCAGCUCCUGCGCAUCCGCCUCACUCCUCUACAGAACCACCGCAGGCCUCUGUGUCGCUAUGAUCUUCUGCUGGAGGAAAAUAAAGACACGACGUUCAGACCGAUUCCUUGUGAAGACUCCAACUUCUGAUGCAGACUCUGUCUCUCGGUCAGCGUCGGUGCUGUCCUUCAGAAAUCUGAUUUACUGUUUGUUGUCUGAUUCUCUUCAUGAAGAUACACCUACACUUUCUUUGUUUUUAUGUAACGUAAAUAAAUAUUUUUGUAAAUA